AUGUAUCUCAUGUACUACCUGAACGAGGACGGGAAGCGCGUGUACACGCUCAAGAAAACGGGUCCGGAUGGGAAACCGACGUUGUCGGCGCACCCGGCGAGAUUCUCGCCGGACGAUAAGUUCUCGAAACAGAGAGUCGCGUGCAAAAAACGGUUCGGGUUACUUCUCACGCAGCAACCGGAGAAGCAGUUUUAA